CACACCUGGGCAGCUUUACACACACGCACAUGCACUCAGGUGACCAGGACCCCGGCUCGGGUUUGAGGGCAGAAACUGCCAAGGCAUCAGGCCCAGCCCCUCACACACGGUGAUGGCUGUAAUAACUGCGGCACAGAAAUGAUCGAGACCUCCCUGGUGGCCUGCACCUGGUUCCCGCUGUGCCCACCGCUGUCUCCUGGUGGGCACUGCUGCUCCUGGGCACUCUGCCAUGCAGGGUCAGGUGACAAAUGCGGAAAUGGAGCCCGGAGAGGAGAGAAGUGACCAGCCCAGAAGCCCCCAGUGGUGACCAUGGGUUUGGGGGGACUCCCAGAGGCCUGAGGAGCACUCAGGGUGGCCCAGACUGUCCUGAAGGAAGGGGGAGCCAGGGCACCCUGAGGAGAAGGCCGUCCCACCUGGAGACACAGGCCAUGUGGGGCUCCCGGGAGCUGCUUCUGGUGUGGUUCCUGGUGCUGGCAGUGGGCGGCACCCAGCAUAUCUACCGGCCUGGCCGCAGGGUGUGUGCCAUCGGGGUUCCCAGGGACCCCGUGUCCGAGUCCUUCGUGCAACGCGUGUACCAGCCCUUUCUCACCACCUGCGACGGGCACCGAGCCUGCAGCACAUACCGGACCAUCUAUAGGACCGCCUACCGCCGCAGUCCUGGGCCGGCCCCCGCCAGGCCUCGCUACGCCUGCUGCCCCGGCUGGAAGAGGACCAGUGGGCUCCCCGGGGCCUGCGGAGUAGCAGUAUGCCAGCCUCCAUGCCAGAACGGAGGGGUCUGUGUCCAGCCAGGCCGCUGCCACUGCCCUGCAGGAUGGCGGGGCGACACCUGCCAGACAGACGUGGAUGAAUGCAGUGCUGGACAGGGCGGCUGUCCCCAGCGCUGUGUCAACACCGCAGGGAGUUAUUGGUGCCAGUGUUGGGAGGGGCACAGCCCCUCUGCGGAUGGGGCAAUCUGCCUGCCCAAGAGAGGGACCGCCAGGGUCCCCCACCCGCACCCCACAACAGGAGUGGACAGUGAGGUGAAGGAGGAGGUGCAGAGGCUUCGGUCAAGGGUGGACGUGCUGGAGCAGAAGCUGCAGCUGGUGCUGGCCCCACUGCACAGCCUGGCCUCGCGGGCCCUGGAGCACGGGCUCCCGGACCCCGGCAGCCUCCUGGCCCACUCCUUCCAGCAGCUGGACCGCAUCGACUCCCUGAGCGAGCAGAUCUCCUUCCUGGAAGAGCAGCUGGGGUCUUGUUCCUGCAAGAAGGAGCUGUGACAGGCCGGACCAAGGCCCUGGAGCCCAUGGACUGUCUCCUCACCCCACCCUCCCCACUGUACUGGGCAUGACCGGUGGGGCACUGCAAGCCAAGACAGGAGAGGGGCCCCACCCUCUUUAACCAGGAGGCACCCAGGGCCGGGUGGGGCGAGGGGUCCUCCUGUGUGAAUCCAGCCCCAGCCCGGCCAGCACCCCGGUCUGUGAGCACAGCCCAGCCCAGCCAGACCCCUGCACCCCCGCUGGCUCUCGGAGCCUGGUGGGCCCAUGGCUGAGGGAAGGUACGCUCACUGGGCAGUGGGGGGGGACCACCCCGGAUCUUUAUCAGAAUAAAAUGAGACUUGAGGA